UGUUUUGUAUUCUAUUUCAUGUAUUUCUUCUUUAUACCUCCUUCUCACUUCCUUUUCAGAAAUUAAUUUGAGCGACAGUAAUUUGCUUAUGCAAUCUGUAAUGGUACUUGACCCGGUCCGAGUUGAAGAAACCGCCGAUUCUACGGUUUUUCGAAAAAACCGGCCGAAUCAUCCGGUUCACGGCGGGUCAAAUGCAUGACCGAUCCAACUAUUGGCUCGAAUCGGUUCUACCACCGGUUCACGGUCUGACCGGUCCGACCGGUCGGUCCGAGCCAGAUUUCAAUACUAUGUAUUUAACCCUUAACCAAUGCCCCAGGAAUAUCGGAUAACAUUCUCCAUUAAUUAAUUUAUUUUUGAUUGGGUUAAUGUACAUCACGUGCACACAUGUGAACACUGCCUAACUUAAUUAGUUUAUCUUUCAUUGGGUUAGUAAAGUAUUUGAAUUAUCGGAGACUGUGCAUCACGUGCAGAGUACCACUGUUUAAAUUAAUUUAUGAUUAUGUUUCUGUUCUUAAGCAGUAAGCAUGCAUCUACUACAUAGUUUAUUCUAAAUCCAAACAUAGUUUCUCAAUUCCUAAAACCCAUCUCAUAGUUAAUCGCUUUUUAACUGAGUCAUGAAUUAAUCUCUUCGUAUUUCUGUUUUGUCUUUCAGAUAUUUGUUAUUUUCCCAUUCCAAUGGCAAACAAGAGAAAAAAAAAAACCAAAAACCAAAACUAAAAAAAUAGUGAUGGAAAGUUAUCUCAUAUAUUUUCUGCAUUUUCAAAGGUUGGAGUUUUUAGAGAUUUUAAGUUUCUGCUUUUGAAGCCAUUUUGCAUGAGUCUUGUUAGAUCGCAUCAUCUAAAGCACCAGUUGUUCCAGCAGAUCAUUUAGUUUCUUCUUUUGAAGCCAAUUUGCAUCAGUUUUGUAGAUUGCAUCAUCAAUAGCACAAGUUGUUCCGUUGUUGAUUCAUAAUCCAGCUGGUCCCAAAGAAGAGGAGAAGAAACGAAAAUCAAUGGAAAUUUUAAUUUCUGUUGUUGCGAAAAUAGCAGAAUAUACUAUUGUGCCUAUUGGACGUCAAGCAAGUUACUUGAUAUUCUACAAAGGUAACUUCAAGACGUUAAAGGAUCAUGUUGAAGACCUUGAGGCCGCAAGAGAAAGAAUGAUCCAUUCGGUUAAAAGAGAAAGGGGAAAUGGUAAAGAAAUUGAAAAAGAUGUUCUGAAUUGGUUGGAGAAAGUGAACGAGGUCAUUGAAAAGGCGAAUUGCCUUCAAAAUGACCCUCGCCGUUUCAAUGUUAGGUGCUCAGCAUCGUCGUUCCCUAACUUGGUUUUACGUCAUCAAUUAAGUAGGAAAGCCACAAAAAUUGCAAAAGAUGUUCUUCAAGUUCAAGGUAGAGGAAUUUUUUAUCAAGUUGGUUACCUUCCCCCUCUAGAUAUAGUAGCCUCCUCCUCAACAAUAGAUGGUGAAAUGUAUGACACAAGGGAGUCGCUUAAGGAGGACAUUUUGAAGGCUUUAGCGGAUCCUACUUCAUGCAACAUUGGGGUCUAUGGGUUGGGUGGUGUGGGGAAGACCAAUCUGGUGGACAAAGUUGCUCAAAUAGCCAAGGAACAUAAAUUGUUCGAUAAAGUGGUUAUGACACAAGUAUCGAAAAAUCCAGACAUCAAAAAAAUUCAAGGGGAGAUUGCAGAUUUCUUGAGUCUGCAAUUUGACGAGGAGAGUAAUCGUGGCAGAGCAGAACGCCUUAGACGAAGAAUCAAGAUGGAGAAAAGUAUCCUUAUCAUUCUAGAUAACAUAUGGACCAUACUUGAUUUGAAAGAAGUGGGGAUACCAGUUGGUAAUGAACAUAAUGGAUGCAAAUUGUUGAUGACAAGUAGAAAUCAAGAAGUGUUGCUGCAAAUGGAUGUUCCAAAGGAUUUCACUUUCAAAGUUGAACUUUUGAGUGAAAAUGAGUCAUGGAGCUUGUUUCAAUUUAUGGCAGGGGAUGUGGUUAAAGAUAGAACUUUGAAAGAUGUAGCAUAUCAAGUUGCCCAAAAAUGUGAAGGUUUGCCUCUUAGGGUAGUGACAGUAGCGCGUGCAAUGAAAAAUAAGAGGGAUGUUCAUUCAUGGAAAUAUGCAUUAAAGAAAUUGCAAAGUCAUGACUCAUUAGAUGCGUUAACUUAUUCUGCUUUGGAAUUGAGCUAUGACUCAUUGGAUAGUGAUGAAAUGAGGGACCUUUUCUUGCUUUUUUCUUUACUUCCAGGUAAUGAUGUACUGUACUUUCUGAAAAUUGCAAUGGGUCUAGACAUAUUAAAACAUGUUAAUACCGUUGAUGAUGCAAGAAAUAAACUUUACACAAUGAUCGAAUCUUUGGAGGCAACUUGUCUUUUGCUUGAAGUUAAAGUAGAUGGAAAGAUCCAAAUGCAUGACUUUGUUUGUGAGUUUGCUAUCUCCAUAGCAUGCAGGGACAAACAUGUAAUUCUAAUGAAACAACGGGAUGAGGAAUGGCCAACCAAUGCUUUUUUACAAAGGUGCACACAGAUUGUUUUAGAUUACUGUCAUAUGCACGACCUUCCUCAAACAAUUGAUUGUCCUAACAUUAAGUUUUUCUGUUUGGCUAGUGGGAAUCGUCCUUUAAAAAUCCCAGAUGAUUAUUUUGAGGGUAUGAGAAGCCUUAGAGUGCUAGAUUUAACAUGUCUGAACUUGUCUUCAUUACCCACUUCGUUUCAGUUCCUAACCGACCUUCAAACAUUGUGUUUAAAUUUCUGCGUUUUGGAAAAUAUGGAUGCAAUAGAAGCUUUACAAAAUUUAAAAAUACUUUGCCUCUGGAAUUCUUCAAUGAUCAAGUUGCCAAGACAAAUAGGGCAAUUGACUCAAUUGAGAAUGCUUGAUUUGAGAAGUUCAGGAAUAGAAGUAAUCCCACACAACAUUAUAUCAAGCUUGACUAAAUUGGAGGAGUUGUACAUGGGAAAUACCUCUAUUAAUUGGGAAGAUGUGAAUUCAACGGUUCAAAAUGAACAUGCUAGUAUUGCUGAGCUUCGAAAGCUACCCAACUUGAAAGCUCUAGAAUUACAAAUUCGUGAGACUUGGAUGUUACCAAGGGACUUGCGAUUGAUGUUUGAGAAGCUGGAAAGAUAUAAAAUAGCUAUUGGAGAUGUAUGGGACUGGUCUGACAUUGAGGAUGGAACCUUAAAAACAUUGAUGCUCAAACUUGGUACAAACAUACAUUUGGAGCAUGGAAUUAAAGCAUUGAUUAAAGGUGUUGAGAAUUUGUAUUUGGAUGAUGUAGAUGGAAUUCAAAAUGUGCUUCCUAACCUAAAUAGAGAAGGAUUUACAUUGCUGAAACAUCUCCACGUCCAAAAUAAUACUAACUUGAAUCACAUUGUUGACAAUAAAGAGAGAAAUCAAAUCCAUGCGUCCUUUCCCAUCUUGGAAACACUAGUACUUCUUAAUCUUAGAAACUUGGAGCAUAUAUGUCAUGGUCAACCUUCAGUUGCUUCUUUUGGAAGUCUCAGUGUUAUCAAAGUAAAAAAUUGCGUCCAGUUAAAGUAUCUUUUCUCCUUUACAAUGGUUAAAGGACUUUCUCACCUUUGUAAGAUUGAAGUUUGUGAGUGCAAUUCUUUGAAGGAGAUAGUGUUCAGAGAAAACAAUUCAAGUGCUAAUAAUGAUAUCACUGAUGAAAAAAUCGAGUUUCUUCAAUUGCGUUCUUUGACUUUAGAACAUUUGGAGACACUUGAUAAUUUCGCCUCUGAUUAUUUGACACAUCAUAGAAGUAAGGAAAAGUAUCAAGGUCUAGAGCCUUGUGCUUAUACUACACCAUUUUUUAAUAAUGCUCAGGUUGCAUUGCCUAAUUUGGAUGCCCUUAAAUUGAGCUCACUUCACAAUUUGAAUCAAAUUUGGGAUGACAAUUAUCAAUCUAUGUGCAACUUGACUAGCUUGAUUGUGGAUAAUUGUGUUGAAUUGAAGUAUUUAUUCUCCUCUACUAUGGUUGAAAGUUUUAUGAACCUCAAACAUCUUGAAAUAAGUAAUUGUCCUAUCAUGGAGGAGAUUAUAGCUAAAACAGAGAGAAAUAAUGCAGGAAAAAAGGUUAAUUUUUUGAAAUUAGAGAAAAUCAUACUGAAGGAUAUGGACAGCUUGAAGACAAUAUGGCAUUACCAAUUUGAAACAUCGAAGAUGUUGGAAGUGAACAAUUGUAAGAAAAUUGUGGUGGUUUUUCCUUCUUCAAUGCAAACUACAUAUAAUGAGCUUGAGAAGUUGGAGGUUACAAAUUGUGAUUCAGUUGAAGAGAUAUUUGAAUUGACUUUCAAUGAAAAUAACAGUGAAGAGGUUACAACACAUUUGAAAGAAGUUACUAUAGAUGGAUUGUGGAAUCUGAAAAAGAUAUGGAGUGGAGAUCCGGAAGGAAUUCUUAGUUUUCAAAAUCUAAUAAAUGUUCAAGUAGUAAAUUGUGAAAGCUUGGAGUAUUUAUUACCAUUCUCCGUAGCUACUCGUUGCUCACAUCUCAAGGAACUUGGUAUAAAAUGGUGUGGGAACAUGAAGCUAAUUGUUGGAGAGGAGAAAGAAUCUAGCAUGAAUGAAGAUCCCAUAUUUGAGUUUAAUCAACUAAGUACUUUAUUACUUUUUCACUCACCUAAACUCAAUGGUUUCUAUGCUGGAAAUCAUACUCUAGAAUGUUCAUCAUUGAGGAACAUUUAUGUUUUCAAAUGUACAAAGUUGAAUUUGUUCAGAACUCUAUCCAAUUUUCAUGAUGACAAACACUCUGUUUCAACGGAGCAACCACUUUUCUUUGAUGAAGAGGUGAUUCCAAACUUGGAGGAGUUGAGGAUGGAACAGGCGGAUGCUGACAUGAUAUUGAAAACCCAAAACCCAAGUUCCCUCUUUAGCAAAAUGACCAUUCUUGGUUUGGCUUGCUAUAACACGGAAGAGGCUACAUUUCCUUAUUGGUUUCUUGAAAAUGUGCAUACUCUUGAGUCACUAGUUGUUGAGUGGAGUUGCUUCAAGAAGAUAUUUCAAGAUAAAGGAGAAAUAAGUGAGAAGACUCAUCCACAUAUCAAAAGACUGACAUUGAAUCAAUUACCUAAACUUCAACAUAUAUGUGAGGAAGGAUCUCAAAUUGACCCAGUUCUUGAGUUCCUUGAAUGCUUAAAUGUUUCUAACUGUUCUAGUUUGAUAAAUUUGAUGCCUUCCUCGGUCACCCUUAAUCAUCUCACAAAGUUAGAGAUAACAGAAUGCAAUGGGCUAAAAUAUUUGAUCUCAACUCUUACUGCACGCAGUUUGGACAAGCUCACUGAGCUGAAGAUAAAAGAUUGUAAUUCACUUGAAGAAGUAGUUAAUGGAGUAGAAAAUGUUGACAUUGCUUUUAUUAGUUUACAAAUUUUGAUGUUGGAAUGUUUGCCAAGCCUCGUCAAGUUUUGCUCUAGUAAGUGUUCCAUGAAGUUUCCGUUGUUGGAGAAAGUAAUUGUGGGGGAAUGUCCUCGCAUGAAGAUUUUUUCUGCCGGAGACACAAGUACACCAAUUCUUCAAAAAGUUAAAAUUGCAGAAAAUGUUUCAGAAUGGCAUUGGAAGGGAAACCUAAACAAUACAAUAUACAACAUGUUCGAAGAUAAGGUGGGAUUUGGUAGUUUCAAGCAUUUAAAACUAUCUGAAUAUCCCGAGUUAAAAGAGUUGUGGUAUGGUCGACUUGAGCAUAAAGCAUUUAGGAGUUUGAAGUAUUUAGUGGUUCAUAAAUGUGAUUUUCUGUCUGAUGUGCUCUUUAAACCUAACGUGGUAGCAGUGCUGAUGCACCUGGAAGAAUUAGAUGUGGAGGAUUGUGAUUCAUUAGAAGCAGUUUUUGAUUCGAAAGAUGAAUUUGCCAAAGAAAUUGUUGUGCAAAAUUCUACUCAAUUGAAGAAAUUAAAACUAUCUAAUCUUCCAAAACUGAAGCAUGUAUGGAAAAAGGAUCCACAUUACACUAUGAAGUUUGAAAAUUUAAGUGAUGUAUCUGUUGUGGGAUGCAAUAGCUUGAUAAGCCUCUUUCCGCUCUCAGUGGCUAGAGAUAUGAUGCAACUUCAAAGUCUUCAAGUAAGUAAGUGUGGGAUUCAAGAAAUCGUGGCCAAGGAAGAAGGAACAUAUGAGAUGGUUAAAUUUGUGUUUCCUCAUUUGACUUCCAUUAACCUUGAGUACUUGACCAAACUUAAGGCAUUCUUUGUUGGGGUUCAUUCUCUUCAAUGUAAAUCAUUGAAAAAGAUCAAGUUGUUCGGAUGUCCAAAAAUAGAGCUAUUUAAGGCAGAGCCUUUGAGACACCAAGAAAGUUCCAAAAAUGAUGUGCUUAAUAUCUCAACGUAUCAACCUCUUUUUGUGAUUGAAGAGGUUGCAUUUCCUGAUUUGGAUGCCCUUAAAUUGAGCUCACUUCUCCAUUUGAAUCAAAUUUGGGAUGACAAUUAUCAACCAAUGUGCAACUUGACUAGCUUGAUUGUGGAUAAUUGUGUUGGAUUGAAGUAUUUAUUCUCCUCUACUUUGGUUGAAAGUUUUAUGAACCUCAAACAUCUUGAAAUAAGUAAUUGUCCUAUCAUGGAGGAGAUUAUAGCUAAAACAGAGAGAAAUAAUGCAGGAAAAAAGGUUAAUUUUUUGAAAUUAGAGAAAAUCAUACUGAAGGAUAUGGACAGCUUGAAGACAAUAUGGCAUUACCAAUUUGAAACAUCGAAGAUGUUGGAAGUGAACAAUUGUAAGAAAAUUGUGGUGGUUUUUCCUUCUUCAAUGCAAAAUACAUAUUAUGAGCUUGAGAAGUUGGAGGUUACAAAUUGUGCUUUAGUUGAAGAGAUAUUUGAAUUGACUUUCAAUCAAAAUAACAGUGAAGAGGUUAUGACACAAUUGAAAGAGGUUACUCUAGGUGGACUGUUCAAGUUGAAAAAGAUAUGGAGUGGAGAUCCUCAAGGAAUUCUUAGUUUUCAAAAUCUAAUAAAUGUACAAGUAAUAAGUUGUGCAAGCUUGGAGUAUUUAUUACCAUUCUCCGUAGCCACUCGUUGCUCACAUCUUAAGGAACUUGGUAUAAAAUGGUGUGGGAACAUGAAGGACAUUGUUGCAGAGGAGAAAGAAUCUAGAGUGAAUGCAGCUACCAUAUUUGAGUUUAAUCAGCUUAGUAUUUUAUCGCUUUUGGGCUUAUAUAAACUCAAUGGUUUCUAUGCUGGAAAUCAUACUCUAGCAUGCCCAUCUUUGAGGAAAAUUAGUGUCUCUAGAUGUACAAAGUUGAAAUUGUUCAGGACACUAUUUACAAGAAGCUCCAAUUUUCGAGAUGGCAAACACUCUGUUUUAACGGAACAACCGCUUUUCAUUGCCGAAGAGGUGAUUCCAAACUUGGAGGUGUUGAAGAUGGCACAGGCUGAUGCUGACUUGAUAUUGCAAACCCAAAACUCAAAUUCCCUCUUUAGUAAAAUGACUUUUAUUGGCUUGAGUGACUAUGACUGUGAAGAGGCAAGAUUUCCUUAUUGGUUUCUUGAAAAUGUGCAUACUCUUGAGUCACUACUUGUUGAGUGGAGUUGCUUCAAGAAGAUAUUUCAAGAUAAAGGAGAAAUAAGUGAGAAGACUCAUACACAAAUCAAAACACUGAUGUUGAAUGAAUUACCUAAACUUCAACAUAUAUGUGAGGAAGGAUCCCAAAUUGACCCAGUUCUUGAGUUCCUUGAAUACUUAGAUGUUGAUAGUUGUUCUAGUCUGACAAAUUUGAUGCCUUCCUCCGUCACCCUUAAUCAUCUGACAAAGUUGGAGAUAAUAAAAUGCAAUGGGCUAAAAUAUUUGAUCACAACUCCUACCGCACGAAGUUUGGACAAGCUCACUGUGCUGAAGAUAAAAGAUUGUAAUUCACUUGAUGAAGUAGUUACUGGAGUAGAAAAUGUUGACAUUGCUUUUAUGAGUUUACAAAUUUUGAUGUUGGAAUGUUUGCCAAGCCUCAUCAAGUUUUGCUCUGUCAAAUGUUUCAUGAAGUUUCCGUCGUUGGAGAAAGUAAUUGUGGGGGAAUGUCCUCGUAUGAAGAUUUUUUCUGCCGGAAACACAAGUACACCAAUUCUUCGAAAAGUUAAAAUUGCAGAAAUUGAUUCAGAAUGGCAUUGGAAGGGAAACUUAAACGAUACAAUAUACAACAUGUUUGAAGAUAAGGUGGGAUUUGGUAGUUUCAAGCAUUUAAAACUAUCUGAAUAUCCCGAGUUAAAAGAGUUGUGGUAUGGUCGACUUGAGAAUAACACAUUUAGGAGUUUGAAGUAUCUAGUGGUUCAUAAAUGUGAUUUUUUAUUCGAUGUUCUCUUUCAACCUAAUUUGCUAGAAGUGCUGAUGAACCUGGAAGAAUUAGAUGUGGAGGAUUGUAAUUCAUUAGAAGCUGUUUUUGAUUUGAAAGAUGAAUUUGCCAAAGAAAUUGUUGUGCAGAAUUCUUCUCAACUGAAGAAAUUAAAAUUAUCUAAUCUUCCAAAACUGAAGCAUGUAUGGAAAGAGGAUCCACAUUACACUAUGCGGUUUCAAAAUUUAAGUGAUGUAUCUGUGGUGGGAUGCAAAAACUUGAUAAACAUCUUUCCACUCUCAGUGGCUAAAGGUAUGUUGCAACUUCAAAGUCUUCGAGUAAGUAAAAGUGGCAUCCAAGAAAUUGUUGCCAAGGAAGAUGGAACAGAAGAGAUAGUUAAAUUUGUGUUUCCACAGUUAACAUCCAUUAUACUUAAACAUUUGCCAAAACUUAAGGCAUUCUUUGUUGGGGUCCAUUCUCUUCAAUGUAAAUCAUUGAAAACAAUCAAGUUGUUUCGAUGUCCAAAAAUAGAGCUAUUUAAGGAAGAACCUUUGAGACACCAAGAAAGCUCCAAAAAUGAUGAGCUGAAUAUCUCAAAAUAUCAACCUCUUUUUGUGAUUGAAGAGGUACUUGCCAAUGUGGAGAAUUUGAACUUGAACAACAAAGAUUUUGACAAGAUAUUGCAGACCCAAUAUGCUGGGGUUCAAUUCAACAACCUCAAACACAUUGCUGUGUGCGAAUUCUACAAUGAAGAAGCUAAUUUUCCGUAUUGGUUUCUGAAAAAUGUUCCUAAUUGUGAAAGCUUGUUGGUCCAGUGGAGUUUAUUCACAGAGAUAUUUCAAGGUGAACAAACCAUAAGAAUGGAAAAGGAAACUCAAAUUAGCCCGCAACUCAAACAGUUGAAAUUACUGCACCUAAGCAAGCUUCAAUGUAUAUGCAAAGAAGGAUUUCAAAUGGACCCAGUUCUACAGUUUCUUGAAAGCAUUUAUGUUUAUCAGUGUUCCAGUCUGACAAUGUUGGUUCCAUCUUCUGUUUCCUUUAGUUAUAUGACCUUUUUGGAGGUAACAAACUGCAAUGGGUUGAAAAAUUUGAUAACACACUCAACAGCAAAGAGUCUUGUCAAACUCGCAACAAUGAAGAUUAAAAUGUGUAAUUGGCUUGAGGAUAUAGUGAAUGGUAAAGAAGAUGAGACAAAUGAGAUUGAGUUUUGUAGUUUACAAACUCUAGAACUAACUUCUUUAGAAAGGCUCUCUCGAUUUUGCUCAUGCUCAUGCACCAUCAUGUUUCCGUUGUUGGAAGUUGUAGUUGUCAAAGAAUGUCCUCGAAUGGAACUUUUUUCGUUUGGAGUGACCAAAACAACAAAUCUUCAACAUGUACAAACUGAAGAAGAAAAGCAUUGGGUGGGUGACCUCAACGGAACCAUAAAGAAAAUGUUUGUUGAUAAGGUGGCAUUUGGUAGUUUCAAGCAUUUAAAACUAUCUGAAUAUCCCGAGCUAAAAGAAUUGUGGUAUGGUAAUCUUGAGCAUACCGCAUUUAGGAGUUUGAAGUAUCUAGUGGUUCAUAAAUGUGAUUUUUUAUCCGAUGUUCUCUUUCAACCUAACUUGCUAGAAGUGCUGAUGAACCUGGAAGAAUUAGAUGUGGAGAAUUGUAAUUCAUUAGAAGCAGUUUUUGAUUUGAAAGAUGAAUUUGCCAAAGAAAUUGUUGUGCAGAAUUCUACUCAAUUGAAGAAAUUAAAACUAUCUAAUCUUCCAAAACUGAAGCAUGUAUGGAAGGUGGAUCCACAUUACACUAUGAGGUUUCAAAAUUUAAGUGAUGUGUCUGUUGGGGAUUGCGAAAGCUUGAUAAGCCUCUUUCCACUCUCUGUGGCUAGAGAUAUGAAGCAGCUUCAAAGUCUUCGAGUUAGUAAAUGUGGGAUUCAAGAAAUUGUUGGCAAGGAAGAAGGAACAAAUGAGAUAGUUAAAUUUGUGUUUCCGCAGUUAACAUCCAUUACACUUCAUUGCUUGACCAAACUUAAGGCAUUCUUUGAUGGGGGUCAUUCUCUUCAAUGUAAAUCAUUGAAAACAAUCAAGUUGUUUCGAUGUCCAAAAAUAGAGCUAUUUAAGGCAGAGCCUUUGAGACACCAAAAAAGCUCAAGAAUUGAUGAGCUCAAUAUCUCUCAAUAUCAACCUCUUUUUGUAAUUGAAGAGUUUUUUCAACAGGUACUUGCCAAUGUGGAGAAUUUAAAUUUGAACAAUACAGAUUUUGGCAAGAUAUUGCAGAGCCAAUAUUCAGGGGUUCAAUUCAACAACAUCAAACACAUUACCGUUUGUGAGUUUUACACUGAAGAAGCAACUUUUCCAUAUUGGUUCUUGAAAGAUGUUCCUAAUUUAGAAACCUUGUUGGUCAAAUGGAGUUCCUUCACAGAGAUAUUCCAAGGUGAACAAAUCAUAGGAACAGAAAAGGAACCUGAAAUUAUCCCGCAGCUUAGAAAGUUGACACUAUGGAACCUGAGCAAGCUUCAAUGUAUAUGCAAAGAAGGAUUUCAAAUGGACCCAGUUCUACAGUUUCUUGAAAGCAUUUAUGUUUAUCAGUGUUCCAGUCUGACAAUGUUGGUUCCAUCUUCUGUUUCCUUUAGUUAUAUGACCUUUUUGGAGGUAACAAACUGCAAUGGGUUGAAAAAAUUGAUAACACACUCAACAGCAAAGAGUCUUGUCAAACUCACAACAAUGAAGAUUAAAAUGUGUAAUUGGCUUGAGGAUAUAGUGAACGGUAAAGAAGAUGAGACGAAUGAGAUUGUAUUUUGCAGUUUACAAACUCUAGAACUAAUUUCUUUACAAAGGCUAUGUCGAUUUAGUUCAUGCCCAUGUCCUAUUAAGUUUCCGUUGCUGAAAGUUGUAGUUGUCAAAGAAUGUCCUCGAAUGGAACUUUUUUCAUUGGGAGUUACCAACACAACAAAUCUUCAAAAUGUACAAACUGAUGAAGGAAAUCAUUGGGAGGGUGACCUCAACAGAACCAUAAAGAAAAUGUUUUGUGAUAAGGUUGCAUUUGGUAAAUUCAAGUACUUAGCCUUAUCUGACUAUCCUGAGCUAAAGGAUGUGUGGUAUGGCCAACUUCAUUGCAAUGUGUUCUGCAAUUUGAAACAUCUUGUCGUGGAAAGGUGUGAUUUUUUAUCACAUGUACUUUUUCCAUCAAAUGUAAUGCAAGUGCUACAGACAUUGGAAGAACUAGAAGUAAAAGAUUGCGAUUCAUUAGAAGCAGUGUUUGAUGUGAAAGGUAUGAAGUCACAAGAAAUAUUGAUAAAAGAAAACACUCAAUUGAAAAGAUUGACUUUGUCUACUUUACCCAAAUUGAAGCACAUAUGGAAUGAGGAUCCUCAUGAAAUUAUCAGCUUUGGAAACUUACACAAGGUGGAUGUUUCUAUGUGUCAAAGCUUGUUAUAUGUCUUUCCAUAUUCACUAUCCCCAGAUCUUGGACAUCUUGAAAUGCUUGAGAUAAGUUCUUGCAGAGUCAAGGAAAUUGUUGCAAUGGAAGAAACUGUAUCAAUGGAAAUUCAAUUUAAUUUCCCCCAAUUGAAAAUCAUGGCACUGCGUCUUUUGUCAAAUCUCAAGAGUUUCUAUCAAGGAAAGCAUACUUUAGAUUGCCCUUCAUUGAAGACUUUGAAUGUAUAUCGUUGUGAAGCAUUAAGAAUGUUUUCUUUCAACAAUUCAGACUUGCAACAACCUUACUCGGUUGAUCAACAACCCCUGUUUUGUAUUGAAAAGUUGAGCCCAAACCUGGAGGAAUUGGCAGUAAAUGGCAAAGAUAUGUUGGGGAUAUUGAAUGGUUAUUGUCAAGAAAAUAUCUUUCAUAAAGUCAAAUUUCUUCAUUUACAAUGCUUCGAUGAAACUCCAACUAUUCUUCUGAAUGAUUUCCAUACAAUAUUUCCUACUGUUGAAACAUUUCAAGUGCGUAAUAGUUCUUUUGAAACAUUGUUCCCCGCUAAAGGAGCCACAAGUUAUCUCAGUAUGCAAAUGUCAAAUCAAAUAAGAAAUUUGUGGCUUUUUGAAUUGGACAAGCUCAACCAUGUCUGGCAGGAAGACUUUCCAUUGGAUUAUCCUCUGUUACAAUAUCUUGAAGAGUUAUGUGUAGUGAAUUGUCCAAGUUUGAUAAGCUUGGUAUCAUCAUCGACAUCUUUCACAAAUUUAACCCAUUUAAAAGUGGACAACUGCAAAGAGUUGAUCUAUUUGAUAAAAAUUUCAACAGCUAAAAGUCUAGUUCAACUCAAAGCAUUAAACAUAACUAAUUGUGAGAAGAUGUUGGAUGUCGUAAAGAUUGACGAUGAUAAAGCAGAGGAAAACAUCGUAUUUGAAAACUUGGAAUACUUGGAAUUUACUUCGUUGUCAAAUUUGAGAAGCUUCUGCUAUGGGAAACAAACAUUCAUAUUCCCAUCUUUGCUCAGUUUCAUCGUUAAAGGAUGCCCUCAAAUGAAGAUCUUCUCAUCUGCACUCACAGUAGCACCGUGCCUCACAUCAAUUGAGGUGGAAGAAGAAAACAUGCGAUGGGAAGGUGAUCUUAACACAACUAUUGAACAAAUGUUCAUAGAAAAGGAAGUCCCACUUUCUAAUUAAUAUAUUGAAUGAUGAGACCAUCAUCUAUCCUCACAUUUGCAAGGAUGACGCACAGGCGCAAGAAACAUGUGAGAAGUAGUGCCAAGGAGCUAUUUAUAUUGGUGUUUGGAAGACUUUCUUUUAUUUUAUAUUUACGUUGUUAUUUGAUUAGCUUGCAUGUCAAGUACCUUGUAUUGGAAUUUUACUCUCAUUGCUCCGUUAGAUGACGUCGAGGGAUUCUUUUAUUAUGUUACCUAUUUGUUUAAUUACCAAAUUCAACCACGACAUUUUGGGGGGUGUUUCUACGUGUUUGAUGGAACACUCUUUUUAUUUCGAAAAAUUGAACAUUUCUAUAUGGACAAAUGAUAUGCAUGUUAUGUCCUAAAGCCUAUGUGCUAGUGUUUUGUGAAA